AUGGAUGAUGAUGAGGCACAUCAGCUUGACGUCCAUUUCACAGAACUGGAGGCCCACCUCGCAUCGCAGCUUUCCUACGGUGAGUUGGACCUGAGCCUUGCGGAGCUGCGCGAGGUGCGCUCCCGCUGCCAUGCCGUCGGCUUGGGUGCCGGUGCUCUCGGAGCCUUGGACGAUGCCAUAGCAGGCGAGGCCGAGGAGCUCUCCUUCAGCAUCGACAUCACGAGCGACGGUGACCAGCUUGAGAUCAUCUCUUGUGCAGGUGACUACCUGGCAUUGUUUCGGCACUAUGCGCUGGCCGAGACUCAAUACUGCAUCUCGAAGGAUGACUUUGGCUUAGCGCGAUGCCUGGCAGAGCGCCUGGCGAGGGAGCGUCGCGACGGGAAGGUUCCGGAGGAGCUUGCGGAGCUGGAAACUGAAGCCCUCAAUGCAGCGCUGCGAGCCCUGCAUCACGUGAAGGAGUCAGCCUGCGCUGAGAGCAGCUGGGAGCGCCGGGCCUGCCAGGUGCUGCACCUUCUGGACGACCUUAGCUCUGCCGCGGCUCCGGGCCGACUGGAAGGCUGCUUGGGAGAUGAAACGCCCCUGGAGUUCAUCGAGAUGCUCGGCUGCUUCCUUCGCUGCUCUGGCGCUGGUGCGGUGGAAAGUUUAUCGAGGCGGCUGCUGAUGCCAGCACCCUUCCUGCCUCAACGGCUGCCUUCCUUGCAUGGCGUCCAGCUUCCACCAGGUAUCCGGACCCUGUUGAUGGAUUCACGUGCCUUUUGCCAGCCCGGAUUGGAAAGCGCGGUGCGUGGCUGGCGCCUUGAAUUGCGAGAAGCAUUCAACGAGACCUCUCUUCGCCCGCCCUCGAACGAGCUGCUGGCCAGCGCAGCUGCUGUUGCUUGCCAUUGCCAUUUCACAGGCUACUGCAUUCCCCUGCAUGAGAACGACGAGGAGCCGGAAGGCAGCAUGCCUGACGGCGCGUUUACUGACUGGCUGGUGUCCGCAAUGUACGAGGUGCCUUGUCAAGAUGCAUCCGCUCAGCUGGAGGCCAUGGACUGCAUCCCAGAGCUGGCCGAGCUCAUUUGCAGGACCUGCAAGCAGCCGAAGGAGGAGGAAGCUUUGAUCAAGACCCUGGAGUACCUGUCCGAGCACGACUUGGUGGCCUCUCCGUGCCGAAACUUCUACGACUGCACUUUGUAUCCUCCGUGGCACUCUGCAGUGGAGAGCGUGGGUGUGAUCCCUGUACCUCUCGACGUGCGCUUAAAGUACAUCUCUCCUGUGUGGACUCCCGAGCAGGUUUCCUGCAGUCGCAUCCUUGUCGCUGGCUGUGGCUCAGGCCAUCAGGUGGCCGUUGAGCUUCGCAGCACGGAGCUGGAAGGUACAUCGGAG